AUGAUAUAUUUAUUUAGAAUGAGUUGCAUAAGAAUGGUUAUUGAAAAAUUUAUGAAAAACAAGACUCUCAUUUUAACAACAUUUUUCCUUUUAACGAUCGAUAUUUCACGAGGAUUAAAUUGCAGCGGAGAUCCCUGCAUGUACGGAAUUUGUAUAGAAGACUCAAACAGCACUUAUUCUUGCUACUGUAUCGACGGUUACACUGGAAUCAAUUGUGAAAUCAAUUGGAAUGAUUGUUGGUCUAAUCCUUGCCUCAAUGGAGGAACAUGUAACGAUGCUGUUGCAGCUUAUAAUUGCACCUGUACUGAGGGAUUUGUAGGUGUAAAUUGUGAGCAAAGAUAUAGCGAAUGUUCGAAUCAACCUUGUUUAAACAACGGAACUUGCCUCGAUUAUGAUGGUAUCACUUGCCAAUGCCCUGAUGGAUAUUCGGGGGAUUAUUGCGAAAUCGAUGCUUCAGUUUGUAAUGACACGAUAUGUAAAAACAGAGGUGAAUGUGUAGAAGGGCCUGGAUUAUCUUUCUUCUGUCGUUGUUCCGAAGGUUGGACAGGUCGAUUGUGUGAUGAAGAUGUUGAUGAAUGUAUUAUUAUUCCUGCUUCGUACACUUGUGCGUGUUUAUUUGGAUAUACAGGUAAAGAUUGUGAUAAAACCAUUGUACCAUGUGAAGAGAAUCCUUGCAAAAACGACGCCAUAUGUUUAUUCGAAGACGAACGGCCAAUUUGUUAUUGCGUACCAGAUUAUCAUGGUGCCUUAUGCGAGUUAAAAUAUGACGACUGUGAAUCUAAAUUUGCGAAUUGUCAAAAUGGUGGCACCUGUAUUGAUGGUAUCAAUAGUUUCACUUGUGCUUGCCCAACAUACUACAGCGGACCAUUCUGCAAUGUCCAUGAUCUUCCAUCAACCACUUCCUCGACUUUAGAAGCAAUAUUAGAGGCUGAUGAUAAUAAAAAAACCACUGCUUUUACUUUAUUUGCAUCGAAAUCAUCGACAGUACCAGAAAUUGAUACCUCAUCAUCAUCAAUAACUGCUUCUACAUUACAAUCUUCGGUUUCUUUCAGUCCUUCGUACACAAAAUGGUAUCCUUUCAUUGAAACGACGUCCUCGACUGCAAAUAAAGACGAUGUCAACUAUUUUAGUAGUAUCAGUAGUAGUACCAGUACUAGCAGUAGCAUUAUUGGAAGUAGCGCAACAGGAAGUAUUCAGUUUGUUACUGAUAUUUCGCCUCCGUAUUCUAUCACGAGUAAAGAGAUGUCUCAAACUGAAACAAUUUUAGAGCCUCGUACAUUUCCUAGUGUCUCAAGUGAAGCCUAUUCUGUGACUUCAACAAUAAGAACCGAAGCAGAAUAUUUAACUCAAAAAUCGAUUUAUAAUGAAACGAUGACUGACAUCAUUCAUCAAGAGAAUAAUGCUAGAACGUUUGCACCCAUUAAUAAUACGUCCUCUUCUGAAGCGGAUAACACGGUGGCAUAUACAUCAAGUACAGGGUAUUAUUCAGUUGUAACUACAGCUGUCGAAAGAACGACAGAUGAAUCUACGACGACAGAAAGUGAAAAAAAUAGUAGUCUAUUCUCCACCAUUACAUCCUCUUCGAAUUUUACAGACUUUUGGCAAAAUAAAAGCACACAUUCUACUAUACCAACAAUAGGAGUGCCAAAUACUACACCUAAUUCAUUCUCAGAUAAAUGGACAUUUACAGAAUUAUCAAAAUCUUCAAGUACAGAAAUAAAAAGUUCUACAUUUACUUUUGCUAAUAUUUCUUCACCUGCAACAACUAGUAGAUCUGUAAAGCCAAUAUUUGAUGAAAGUACUAUCAACAGCGAACGUGAAGAAUUUCUAACAAAAGAUGAAUUACCAACAACUUUAAAAAGUCCCAUUAUUCCUGAAUGCCAUGGAAUUUUGUGUACAAAUUCCACAAUAUUACCUACACGCAAUGAUAGUGAUUGUAAUUGUUCGCAUCAUGAAAAUUGUAAAACUGGUCCAAGUAUAAUACGAGCGGCCUUUAAUGGAAAAUCUUACGCAAGACAACAUGUUGAUGUAAACAUGUCUAACGAUAAUAAUGCAACAUUACAAAUUUUCGUCAGACUUAGAACACGUUUUAAGGAUGGUAUUAUAUUACACGUUUAUUUCGACGAUGAAAAAUAUGCAUUAGUAUAUUUAGAAUAUGGUUCUUUAAAGUUUCAAUUCUCCUGUGGACUUGAAACUAUGUUACUAGGUGAAAUAGAUUCGUCUAUUGAUAAUGGAUAUGAAACAGACAUUGAUACAAGGUUUCAAUACUUUAUGAAAAAUGAAACCAAUAAAUGUUCUGCCCGUUUAUUAGUAAAUGAGACAACUGCAGUUAGUGGAGAACAAAUUUUACCAUUACAUGGAAGUCUUCCUCGACAUGCUAAUUUACAUUUAGGUGGAAUACCAUUAGUAUUUUCUCACUACUUUGCACAUGUUUCUAUGGGAUUUACUGGUUGCAUGAACUCAUUGAAGAUAAAUGAUAUACCACGCCAUUUCAUCCAUGAUUCAAUAGAAACAUUUCAAAUUGAAGAUUGCAUAUCAUUUCUGUGCUUAUCAAAUCCAUGUCAAAAUUUCGGAGCAUGUGAAGAAAUAAAUGGCGCAGUGCGUUGUAGAUGCAUAGCUGGAUAUACUGGUCCAUUUUGUGAACAUUCAACAUGUGAUGAAAAUCCUUGUGCUUUGGGCGCAACUUGUAUUAAUUCACCAGGUACAGGUUUUAUUUGUGUCUGCCCACUUGGAACUCAUGGACUCUUAUGUGAAGAAGAUACUAUUGUAAUGCGACCGUCAUUUUCGGUACUUGUACCUGGAUUUUCGUCAUAUGUUGCUUAUGGCGUUUCAAAUUCUAUAAAAGAUACAAUGGAAUUAAAAUUGAAACUUAUACCACGUACUUAUGAACAAAUAUCCUUAAUAGCUUAUUUAGGACAAAGCGGAUCACGUCGAGAUCUAUCGGAUCAUCUUUCCAUAACAUAUGUUCGUGGUUAUAUUAUGCUAACAUGGGAUUUAGGAGCAGGUGUUCGUAGAAUAUUUACAAAUGUUCCUUUAAGUACUGCAACAAUGGCAGCAACAGCAAGUAAAAAUUAUAUAGCAUACACAAUUCGAAUUGGAAGAAGGGGUCGUGAUGCAUGGCUUGCAGUAGAUGGUAUAGGCAAUGUAACUGGACGAGUGGUUGGAUCUAUGACACGACUUGAUGUAUCACCCAUACUUUAUAUUGGUGGACAUAAAUCAAGAAACUUUGAAUCAUUACCCCAUGAUUUGCCUCUUCAUACUGGAUUUUCUGGUUGCAUAUUUGACAUUGAAUUACGUACAGAAACAGCUAUAUAUCCAAUAACAAAUUCCAGUCCUGCAACAGGCCGUGGCAUCGGGGAAUGUCACAGAAAUGAAUGCAUUCGUCAUUUAUGUAAAAAUGGUGCAGUGUGUUUAAAUCAUGGAGCUACAUAUAGUUGUAUUUGUACAAAAGAAUGGAUGGGAUCUGAUUGUUCCAUACCAGUAGAAGCAUUAUCCUCUGUUGAUUCAUCUACUUGCCAUACUUCAAACUAAUAAAGAUAUUAUUACU